GCGCCUCCCCCGCUCUACAGCACAGUGGGGUGGAGCGGAUGUUACCAUUGCCCGUUUUUUGCCUGAAAUUCGAUUCCUUCUUCAUAGCAUUCAGGUAUUCAUUAACAAACGAGGAUCGUCCGAUGGGACUGGAGUGGCGUGAUCCCCCCAAAACGUCACCAGUCCCCGCCUACAAUUUUGUCCUAACAAAAAAAUAUUUGAAUAUUAAAAAAAAAAAAAAAAACCCAAAACAAAAAAAACUCCCAUUUAUUUUUUUUCACCCCAGAAGGUCAUCGUACUGACGUAUGCCGCACAGUUUAGACUGUAUUCCUGUCCUGAACUUGCUACAAAGAAAAUACUUAUUAAGUUAAGUUAUUAUUAUUACUAUUAUUUUACAAAAUUCCAGAAUGGGACAAUUAGUAAAACUAGUUUGUUGUGGUCAGUUUGUUUUGCUGUGCUUUCUGGCGCACUCUGUUGGAUUGGAAGUAGACAGUGAAGAUGACGAGAUGGUUCUUUCUUUGAUUCUUGAAGACGCUUCUCAGCCUGAUGCUACACAACACGAAUCGGCAACUUUCUACAGAACGAACAAGGACGCGUGGCGCUUGCCUGGACACUACCUGGUGGUGCUGAAAGAGAACACGCACAAGUCACACGUGACGCGGACUAUCCGGAGGCUCCAAGCCAAGGCGGCCAAGCACGCGUACCUGACGCAGAUCGUGCAAGAGUUCUACCACGUCUUCCAAGGCUUUGUUGUCAAGAUGAGCAGUGACGUACUGCACCUGGCUUUAAAGUUGCCUCAUGUUGAUUACAUCGAAGAGGAUUCUGUUGUGUUUGCCCAGAGUAUACCCUGGAACCUGGACAGGAUAGUCCAAAUGCAUGAAGCUGCUGGGAAGUACACUCCCCCAAAUGACGGGGAUCAGGUGGAGGUGUAUCUGCUGGACACCAGCAUCCAGAGCAACCACCGUGAGAUCGAGGGCCGGAUAGUGGUGACCAACUUUGACAGCGUCCCCGAGGAGGAUGGAGCCCGCUUCCACAGACAGGCCAGUAAAUGCGACAGCCAUGGCACCCACAUGGCAGGCGUGGUGAGCGGGCGUGACUCCGGUGUGGCGAAGGGGGCCAGUGUGCGCAGCGUCAGGGUGCUGAACUGCCAGGGCAAGGGCACCGUGAGUGGAGCGCUGGCAGCCCUGGAGUUUAUCCGAGGCACCCUGAUCGCUCAGCCCUACAGCCCCAUGAUCGUGCUGCUGCCCUUCACAGGGGGGUACAGCCGCACCCUCAACUCUGUCUGCAGGCUGCUGGUCCGGACCGGGGUGGUGCUCAUCGCAGCCGCGGGGAACUACCGGGACGAUGCCUGUCUGUACUCUCCAGCCUCCGAACCAGAGGUCAUCACGGUUGGGGCGACGAACUACCAGGACCAGCCGAUGAGCGUAGGAACCUCAGGGACCAACUUUGGCCGCUGUGUGGAUAUCUUCGCCCCCGGAGACGACAUCGUCAGUGCGUCCAGCGACUGCACCACCUGCUUCACCUCCAAGAGCGGGACGUCACAAGCUGCCGCCCACGUGGCAGGGAUAGUGGCUGUGAUCCUCAACGCCAAUCCGAACCUCACAGCCUCUGAGGUGCUGCAGAAGCUGCUCCACCACUCCUCCAAGCACGUGAUCAAUGAAGCGUGGUUCCCAGAGGAGCAGAGGCUUCCCACACCUAACAUGGUGGCACGACUGCCCACGAAGGUCACAUCAGAGGAGCAGCUACUGUGCCGGUCAGUGUGGUCCGAGAGGUCUGGGUUCUCUCGCACCGCCACUGCAGCAGCCCACUGCAGAGAGGGGGAGGAAAUGUUCAGCUGCUCCAGCUACUCCAGGAACGGCAAGAGAAAAGGGGAACACAUCCAGGAGCUUGCAGGCAGAAAGGAAUGCGUUGCCAGCAAUGCGUUUGGAGGGCAGGGUGUCCACGCUAUUGCAAGGUGCUGCACGUGGCAGAAAGCAGAGUGCCAGGUCCACGUGAGCGGAGAUGGGAAUGAUGACACAGCGGCAGCAGACAGCUGCGCCAAAGAGGACCAUGUGCUAACAGGCUGCAGCUCGCACUCCUCCUCCGGCGAGUUCAGUGACAGUGUGAGGCCUCAGCCCGGGCAGGCUGACAGAAGGUGGGCGUGUUCCCAGCGAGAGGGCGUGGCCUCACACACCUCCUGCUGCCACGCCCCCAGCAUCGAGUGCAAAGUGAAGGAGAACGGGCCCACCGGCUUCGCAGAGAAGGUCACGGAGUCUUGUGAAGAAGGCUGGACACUGACGGGGUGCAAUGCGUUCUCGCGGGGCUCGGUCACGCACGGCGCCUACGCGGUUCAGAACUCCUGCGUGGUGACAAGCUCCGGGGGUGGGAAGGGAGCCGCGGCCAUCGCGAUCUGCUGCCGGAACAGCCAGUCCGAACUCAGCAGCUCGGGAACCAACCACAAGUGAGGAUCUGCAUCUACAAGGAUAUUCGUUCCACAAAAACAUUCAAAACUCAAUGUAAUCUGUCUGUAUAUAUCUAAUGCAGUCUUUGCACUGUAUUUAGGUUUUUAUGAGGGGUUUUGAUUUUUUUUUAAAUGGGAUCCUUGGUUACCUAUUGGGUGCACAGAACUCAUCACUCCUGUACUGCACCCCCAUUGGUUAAAGCUUACCAUGAGGGGGUUUAGUCAUCUUGCACUGAAAUAAGCAGCAUAUAAGGAAAAAAAAAAGUUCUGAACUAUAAACUUGCAUUACUGUGCCUGUUUUAACGCAUGCUUAAGUAUUUAUGAUAGUCUUGUUCAUGUUAUAAUCAAUAGCGAGCUUGUGCUGUUGAGUAAAACUAACUGAUUUCAUACUGAAUUAAUUAAAGUAAGCAUAACUUUAGGUUACAUUCAAUACUCACACACAUGGUGGCAUUUUAAAAUGUAUGCUUGUUCAUGAUUCAUUAAUCACGGUUUGUGUGUUCGGGUUAGGUAUGAAUUACUGCAAUGACAUUUUCAUUACAGACACAUUAUAAAGCGUUACCACUAUUUUCUACUCUAUUGCAUUGCUGCCUCUGUAUCAUCUAGUUUCACGUAUUAGGCAUUUACAUUUCAUAAGUGGACUUUUUUUACUAUACACUUUUUUCCCCUAAUACAUAAAAACCAAGCCUGUUUUUUGUCUAGUAUAUUACUGUUUGGGUAUAUGGGUUUAAAACCGUUUUUCUACUUUAGCUUGAAGGUUUUUUUUUUUUCACAUCUUUCUAUAGAGAUUCAUUUGUGAUUAUUAAUUCAUAAACUCAGGAAAGUGGAGAGGGGUGGAAAUAAAGACAACUUUUAUGACUUAUGUUUAAAAACAGUCAUUGUUGCAGCCUUGGCUACAGAAACACCCUCCUUUCUACCCUAUAGAAGCCAGUCAGAUCUUGCACAAUGUGACUGAAACAGGGAGAUUCAGCCUUUAUUGUAUAUAUUGUAUCACUUACUUGCCUGCAAAGACAGGCAUACAGCAUUCAGUUCACUGGCAUUGCACUUACUGAUACACGAGUGCUUUAUGAAUACAAUGUUUCUGUUUACUUGUAUGUUUAUUCAAAAUAUUGUUUUUAUGAAUAAAACUCACUGUUCUACUUCUA